AUGACUCCUACGAUUCUCAUUGCCGGCGCAACGGGCAACACUGGUCGAAGUGUCGUCGAGACCCUUUCCAGUUUCCUGGGCAAAAGGGAUACUUCUGCUGGCUUCCGUGUCGUUGCCCUUACGCGCUCCGCCGGCUCAUCAGCCGCCCAGCACCUCGGGAGUCUCCCCGGCAUUACAGUAAUCGAGAAGAAUUGGGUCGAGGUCAACGCCGCGUGGCUACGCGAACAGAACGUUGUCAAGGCUUUCAUUGCAUCACACGCCAAUACGAACCAAUUUGCCGAGGAGUCGACCUUUCACCAGGCGGCGCUCAAGGCUGGCGUGAAGUACGUCGUUCGCAUCUCCACGACGGCUGCCAACGUCCGUCCGGACUCGGAUGCCUUCUAUCCGCGCUCCCAUUGGGCCAUCGAGACUAUGCUGGGUUCGCCUGAAUUCAAAGGACUUCAGUGGACAUCCCUGCAACCAAAUAUUUUUUUCUCGCUUCAUCUGCAUGGUGCGGUUGACUUUGUCAAAGACUACCGCCGAACGAAAACGCAGGGAAUCCUCAAACUCAUACCCGAUGCGGACGCACCAGUGGGCGCCAUACAUGGUGACGACGUUGGUACCUUUGCUGCGCAUCUGUUGUGGGAGCAGGAUCCUUCCAGGCACAACGGCGCAAAGUACAUCUUAAACGGUCCCACAGAUAUAACUGGGCGGCAGAUCGUCAAGUGGGUGGAGGAGGCCAUCGGCGAGCCUGUAAAGGACGUUGUAUUCAGGGAUGUGUCUCUUGUGGACGCCAAGGUCUCGGCAAGCAAAGAGUCGAAGAAUGUCAUCCUAUCGUUGAAGGCUGCUCCGGUUAGUUUGUGGGAGGGCAAGUGUACGACAUCGACGACAAGCAAAGAAGUUCUUGAGAUAGCCGCUCCAAGCCGUUCGGCUGCUGACUGGUGGAAGGCUCUUUUAUCUUCGGUGUAG